UCCUUGCUUUCAAAUCCUCUUGAGCAGCUCUGAUAAUCUGAACCCUGCUCAGUAUCAUCAGUCCCGCCACUGGGGAAUCCUGCUACAGUGUCAACUGUGAAACCCAACGGAAUAAAUGUGCGACUAAGAGUAACACAGGUGUGAAUUUUCAUUAGAAAAUCGCUGAUGUAGCUUAAUAUAGACUACACAAUCUUGACAUCGGACCAGUGAGAUGCUGAUGUGCAAAGAUGCGAAAUUAAUGAUAAUUAGUCAGGUGUCUGCAGAAGACUUAACUAUUAUAACGCACUCAGUAUAUAACCUCAAAUUUAUUGGUUUAUGUGCUAAAUUCCCAGGAGAAAAGUGCUCCUACCCCAGUUGGACAGAAGAAUGCAGAUAUGGCACUCAGAAAUGAGAAGAUGGAGUUUGUGAGUCAGUAGGCCACAACGGAAAAUGUUCUGAGUCAAGAGAUUGCCCCUCACACCAAUAUUGUGCAGGAAGUUCAGGGACUUCCUUUGAUGGCACAUGCACUAAAUUUAAAGAAAUUGGCCAAGAAUGCACUCAUCGCCAUGAAUACUGUAGGACAGCAACUUGUUGGUACAGAAAUACCUAUUCUGGAGUUAAUGGAAGAUAUACAGGAAUUUGUGAAGACGGUAAUCUAUCUUUGGAAAAAGGCAAGGAAUGUACAGCUGAUACUGAUUGCCCUUCUGAUAAAACUGGAGUCUUUGCUAAGUGAUCAUGAGGAUGGAGCAGCACUGCUGGUGAUGAGGAAUGGGAAGACGCAAGAACAGCCUUCAAAACCUAUUUUGGUGCAACCAAAAAUGAUUGAAAUGUAGCAUCAAGAUGGGGUGAAUGUAAUGAUCCAAAGUUAUAUAAAGAUAGGAGGUGUAAGAAAUUAAAGGCAGAGAAUUAUGCUUACCUGCUCCAUAAUAAAACAGAGCUAGCAUGAAUGGAAAUUCUAAAAUAGAGUUUGACUAUAUUUAAAGAUAUUGAGGAAAUUUGUGACGAUGCUUUUACUUUCUCGAAGCUCUCGGUCGUAGCAAUAAUCUGAAUCAUGCUGACUUUUGAGGUUUUUCAAUAAUCUA